CAUGUGCGGACGAUGUUUGCCGGCGUUUUCACAGUAGUUAAGGGGCCUCUUGGCGUGACAAAAACCCUUUUGUGAUGCCACCGUUCAACUUAGUCCUCUUGUGCCUUUUUCAAGACUUUCUAGGUGCUCAACCCCUCGUUCUCAAACGGCUUGACGUUCCGGACAAAGUCUCACUGGGAAGUUCACCCACCCUGAGAUGCGAACUCGAUUUGAACGGGUCCAAAUUGAAGUACAUCAAAUGGUACAAAGAUGGUAAAGUGUUCUGUACACUUUCACCGUACAAGACGCCGAAUUUAUACCAGACGGAAAUCAACGGUCUCAAUACAAAGGACGUUGCCUGUAAAAACACAACGGUCAAACUGAACAAUGUCACGGUCCAAUCGGCUGGCAUUUAUACGUGCGAGGCUUCGACCGUUCUUCAGAAUGUCAUGAGCAGCAAGAAUAUGUCAGUCAUUGUUUACCCGAUGAGCGGACCGGUGAUAACGGGAUUAAACUCGGUUUACAAAGCUGGAGACAUCAUCCAUGCAAACUGCACUGCGCCUCCGUCCAACCCUCCUCCAACUUUGUCGUGGUUCGUUAACGGAUAUUUCGCUGAUAAGUUUUUGGUUCACGAGUACACGGAAGUUGUUGGCCCUGGUGGGCUUUACAGGCGGAUUUUGGGCUUAAAGCUUUUGGCACGGGAUGAGCUGUUCUUAGGCCCUGGAGGAACCAUUUUCCUCGUGUGCAUCGUGUCCCUUUCCGGGUUCCCUCCGUGGAAGGCGAUCGCCACGGCGAACAUGGCCAAUCCGUCUUCAUCGCUGCCGAUCCGGAUAGAAAACGAAGAAAACACAACUGAGAUGUUGAUAAACACACGGUGCAACAACGAUGGAAAUAUAAACAACCUAACGUGGGAAAUUUUUGGCUUUGUUCUUUGGCACUGCGCUGAAAUAAUGGCGCAAAAAUUUAAAGCCUGGAUUUAGAUCAUGAUGACAUAUUUGGAAAUUAAUGUGUUCUUUUAAUUGUCUGCAAAGAAAUUUAUAGAGUUCAGUGAAAACACUGUUAGUGCAGAAAAAAUUACAACAUAAUAUGCAAUUUAUGUUAUGGUAAUCUAUUAAACAUGAUAAAUUGAAAUAUG